AUGAACAUUCCAGAAAUAUAUUAUCCUCAUCUUUUUUGUGCUACAUAUCACUUAUAUUUACAAAACAUUCAGCACCCAAAUAUGAUUCAAGCUUCAACUAUUGCUUUCCUUGCAUUUGUUGUAGCAACAGUCAAUGCUUUCACAACAUUUGAACUUCAAUAUCAAAAUGCAACGUUGGCACAUCACAAUUAUUUGCGCGCUCGUCAUUGUGCACCACCUCUUCAACUUGAUAAUAAAUUGAAUACAAUAGCACAAGAUUAUGCAGAUUAUCUUGCAAGAACGAAUAAAUUUCAACAUUCAAAUAAUGGUUACGGAGAAAAUCUUUAUAUGUCAAGUUCAUCAGUUCCCAUCACAACUGUUGAUGGACGCCAAGCAACUCAAUCAUGGUACGAUGAAAUACAAUAUUAUAAUUUCAAUAGACCUGGAUUUUCUUCAAAAACGGGUCACUUCACACAGGUCGUUUGGGAGAGUUCAGAUCGUCUCGGUGUUGGUAUUGGUUUCAGCAGUGAUGACCGUAAAGUCUAUGUUGUUACAAACUAUAAUCCACCAGGUAACUAUCAAGGUCAAUUUGGUGAAAAUGUAUCUCCAGCCAAUUGCUAA